GACAUAAAAACGUGACCACCAGUGAUAAGUUCUGUUAUAAAAGCGGACUUCUAUCUCUGAACAUGACAUUUAAGACUGAAAGAUCUACACAAAUUAAAAGAUGUUAGUGGUUUUAUUGGUUUGCGCCCUCUCGGCAGUUAAUGCAAUAAAUACGAAUGAACAGAGACAUUAUUUGGAUAUGAGUUUUGCCCGAUAUGAUCACUCCCCAAAGGAUGGUAGUGUUAUGGAAGUAGAAUGGGACGCUACUAUAUACCGGGAAGACGUUAAUAACGACACAUGUGUAACAUUAGCAGAAUAUCUCAGCGUCCAUUCCUGUCCUGUUGCUAGCACAUUAUAUGCCCACUACGACCACGAUAGUGAUGGUUGCCUAAACACAGCCGACAUGUCUCAGGAAUUCCACAUGAUAGAUCACAGUCACGACAAUGUAGUGAGUCUUCAUGAAUGGGAACAAUACUUCCUUCAUCUAACAAAAAAAUUAUUUCCCCAUCUUGGUCACCAGGGACGUUAACUUACGAAUUACAAAUGUUUCUGGGUGGACUUUUUUCAUUAUUAUUUUUUUAUAAUCGAAUUAUUGUUAAGUUUUUUUUAAAUAAAGUUUCUGUAUCAAAUUAA